CAGCCAAAGCCAGCCACAACAAAGUUGAAUAUGGCGCCCGUUUGAUAUGGCGCAUGUGCGUGUUGCGAGCCUGUAAGUCAUUUUGGCGCCUUUUUGACACGCAAGCACGUAAAUAGCAAUGCAGAACGAAAAUGCUCCACGCGAUAAGCGGCCUCUGUUUGCCCAAGGCGUCAUAUAUCCGUCGCCGCCGGCAUCACCGUACCGGAGCCCGACUAGCGGGCAGCAACAGCAGCCGCCGAACUUUUCUCCAAGAAAUCAGGCACACUCGGGUACACCAUCGCCGUUCUCCUCGCCAAGGUUCAGCACGCCCGUUUAUGGCCAUCACCCCAGACAGCCCAAGUACCCAAGGGAAAACUACGGCUCGCCACGAUCGCCGUGGCAACAGCAAGGCUACCACGGUUAUACACCACGCCAGCACUUUUCCUCUAGUCGACGGUCUUCAGGCUCCCGAGGAUCCAGCUGGUCUGGAUCGCCGUUCCAGUCCUCACCCAGUCGCGGAUCCAGCAGCAGUUCCCACAGUUAUGUCAAGCCAUCCAUGGUCGAAGACCCAUGGGCAGAGCUGCAAGACAUGCUUCAGGUCAAACAAGGUCAACCAUGCAAUGCGUCCGCAAACAAGACUGUUGAAGAGUCACCUGCAAGAACCACGUCUGAUGUCAACACACCAAAGUCGGACAACAGUGGGCAAUGUACAGCCGAGACAGGCAGCAACUCGUCAGCCAAACCUCAGCCAAGUACAGACGAAAAUGUGUGCUCUUAGCAGUGGCCGAAAACUACUCCAGUGUUAUGUGCUCUCCUGAAGGUCAACAUCCCAUGUGCACACACAAAGUGUGGCAUGCUUGUUGAACCUGGGCCAUUGGCCUCCCAUGAACCUUGCACAAGUGCGUGGUAGUGUGCUUGUGCCCAGCAUAAGUGCCAGCUCACCAUUUUUAAUUGCAUGUUGCUCUACUCUCUUCCGAGAUGGGGCUCACAGAUGUAAAUGCUUCGGAAGAACUGCUUCCUUGAUAUACGUUAAGUACCAUGCCACUGCAUCAAGCUGUAAGUAAAGCACAUCACUGUAUCAUUCGUAGUUUGUAUUUCAUAUUCACAUUGAAAGGCUGCAAUGGACUGCAGUAUUAAAGCACAACCCAAGUUCCAUAAAA